UUGUCUCUCACCUUCUCUUAGCUUCUUCCACAAAGGUACUAGUAAUAAUAAUCAAGAAAAAUCACAAUGGGAGAUUCCAGAGAGGAUCAAGAAGACAGAGCUAUGAUGGAAACCGGAGUCUCGAGCUUCUCGGAGCUUCUUAUGUUGUCGGGCGGCGUUCUCAGCUCCUCCGACCACCACCUGAACGAUAUUGGCGCCGAUGGUGGAGAAGACAGCUUUGGUUUUGUAUUCUCCGGUUCAACUGGAUCAAGAAUGCUCUGUUUCAGUGGAGACUGCCAAAACGACGACGAAUCGCUCUUCCUACAACCUUCUCUUCUCUCCGGAGUCUCGGUUUCUGACCCUUCAUGCACUACUAACAUUUGCAAGAACUCAAACGACGCGUGUGCGGACAAUAAAUCUACCAAAUCAUCAACCAAGAAGAGAAUCGGGUCGGUCAAUAGGCAAACUAUGGAUCAUAACCGAAAACCUAGCAAAAAAUGCAAGCAAAAUCAGGAGAAAUCAUCAGUUGGAACUGCAAAGGUAAGGAAAGAAAGGUUAGGGGAAAGAAUUGCAGCCUUGCAGCAAUUGGUUUCUCCAUACGGAAAGACAGAUGCAGCUUCUGUGCUGCAUGAAGCGAUGGGUUACAUCAAAUUCUUACAAGACCAGAUUCAAGUCCUCUGCUCUCCUUACCUGAUCAACUAUUCUCUUGACGGUGGUGUUGUUACCGGAGAUGUUAGGGCGGGGAAGAAAGUGAGAGACUUGAGAAGCAGAGGAUUGUGUCUAGUACCUGUCUCAUCCACCGUACUCUUGGAAAGUUCCAACGGCGCUGAUUUCUGGUCACCUGCUACUAUGGGCCACACUACGUCAUCCUCUCACUGAAUCAAGGAUAUUAAAUUACUAUCCUAGGCAGUUUUUUUUCUAGUCACCGGUGAUAUAGCCUUUUUUCUUUGCUGAAGAACUACUAAAAAUGUCUUUUACGAAAAUUCACCCAUUUUUUGUUUGUUUUUGAGGAUCAUUUGGGUGGAUAU